AUUAGAACCUAAUACAGUUUUUUUAAUACUCGGUUCAAAAUGAUACACAACUAGCCAGAGAUGAAUCAGAAUUACUCUCCAGCAGUUUGCAGGGAGAAAAAGAGGUACCUAAAUUAGUCCGUCAUCAGCUCGGCAAUUAAUAUAUGGCUGAAGCUGAAGGUAAACGGCCACUCUCCAUUUGGAGUGAUGAUGUUGAAGGGACUCAUUCUGAAUCGGUGUUCCGCCGGUACAUAGGUGCAAAAAUGCGCCGGUCCGGCAGCUCGUCGCCCAAAAGGUUUAUGGUUUUCUCCAUAGAUAAAGAUGAUAUUGAAGAUGAUGAAAUAGGAUACGGAUUUCCAGGUAAUGUAUCUCGGUCAAUUCCACCCGGGAACGAUUGCGCGGUGAUCAAAGACAGGAUCAGAGCAGCACUUGAGAAUGUCGAUUUCGGGUAUUGCCCUUCAAUCCUAGCUCAAUUUUUUGCGCCGGUUGUGACGGUCGACGGCCGGAGAGUCCUAAAGUCUUUGAAUGAACCAUUUGGUAUGACCUGUCUGGGUAAAGGACUCUGUUCUUACAGAAGCCUGUCUUCGAAUUUUCAGUAUGCUUGUUCUCUCAAUGGAAACGACGGCCGCGGUGGUAGUCGGAAUAUUAUAGCCUCUGGAAUCAGAGGAAACAGCUGGUUAGCCGUUGGCCCGCCUUCCAGGGUGUUCGUAAACGGGUCGCCGGAAUACAGCCCGGAUGUGGAAUUCUACUCCGAUGCAGAGUAUCCAUCGAGAGAUGAGAUCCUUAAGCUUGCCAUAAAAAAGUACAUGGCUGUGCCUGUAUUCAAAAACGACUCUAGGAAUUGCGUUGGUGUACUCGAACUGGUCUCCUCAUCAUCUCGCUCCAAGAGAGAGAUUGACAAGCCUGCCUACAUUUUUGGAUUAAUAUCUACUGCUCUUCAGGGGGUGGGACUGAGGACUUCAGCUUUUACAUCCCACUUUGAAAUGGAAACCAACUUGGCACAAAGUUCAGAAGGACGGCGAAAUGCACUGCGCGACAUUCAAGCCGCAUUAGAGGAGACAUGCAUAAGGCACAACUUGCCCUUUGCUCAGACUUGGACUGAUAGAGAUUUCAAAAGUUGUUCACCGCUUGUUUUAUCGACAACAAGUGAUGAGUAUUACCAGUCACAUCUAGGCUUUUCCAUGUUUAGAGAUACCUGUGAAGGUUUUCACCUACCAUUUGGAAGAGGGGUUGUCUGGAAGGCAUUUGGUACGGGUGGUUCAUGCUUCUGCGAAGAUGUCGGCCAAUUAAGUAUAGCAGAUUACUCAUUUGCUCAUAUAGCCAGGAAGGUUAGGUUGUCUGCCGCUUUUGCUAUUUGCUUAAAGAGCCAUCAUCAUCUCUACAUGGAGAAUCCAGAUAAUCCAGAUGUUUAUGUGCUUGAACUCUUUCUUCCUAGUACUGCCGCUGGGAAUCCACAGAAGCCUUUGGAGCUUGUAUUACUGACAAUGAGGAAGCUCCUCAAUGGUUUCAUUACUGGAUCUGAUCAGACUUUGGAUAGUGGGAUUGAUGUUCAAGUUUUACAAGUUUCUAAAAAGGAUGACAAUAAGCAAGUAACUUUCAGAUUGUUCCCCGAUAGCGGUAUUCCUAUUGGCGGUUUAGUUGGACUUUUGGAUCAAAGUGCCCCCAUAUCCACAGAACAACAACACAAGAACUUUUUUCCUCAAAGUGGCUCUUCCAGUAGUUCUGUCAGUGCUACCGCGGGACAUGCUGGAAUUCAGAAUUCUUUCAACAGUUGUCAUGGUUACCGAGGAAGCUUGGAUUCUUUCCGUAGUUGGGAUGGGAAUGAAGAAGUUAUGCAUUUAAAUAGGACAAGAGGGUUAGUUCAACAUCAUGCCUCUACCUCAUCAACCUCACUUUCAUUGAAAGAAGACCAAUCUUCUGACACAACUCCAUCAAUGAUGGGAGCCGGGAGUUUCAUUUACCAUAAUAACUCCUCUGCUUCAACUUCUUGGUUUCAAGCAGAUCAUGAUGAAGAUUAUAGGAUGGAAGAAGAAGAUGAGUAUAGGAUGGUGGGAUGCAUGGAUUUGAACAACGAAAGUCCAGAACCUUCAAAUUCGGCUGGGUUAUUGCAGCAACAUGCCUGUUUCUCAACCUCACCACCAUUGAAAGAAGACCAAUACUCUUUUGAUACUCUGUCAAUGAGUACAGGAACUGAGAGUUGUCAUCAUCAAAACAAUAACUCCUGUGCUUUGACAACGUCUGAGGUAGAAUGUUUUCAAAGGAAGAUGGUCAUAAAAAAUACCGCAACACUUGCUGCACAGAUUAACCGCGAAAGUAUUGCAACACUUUUUGGUUGCAGACUUGAAGAUGCUGCUCGGUCUCUUAAAGUGAGCAAAUCUACAUUAAAGAGAAGAUGCAGGGAUCUUGGCAUCCUAAGUUGGCCCCGCUACAAAUCUUCAACAGGCGGCGCCACUUGUAAUUUUUCUGGAAAUGACUCCGGCAAACAAAAUGUAACGAGUGAGAGAAAUCAUGAAUUUGCUGUUUCUGCUGAAAUGGAAACAAUGUUCAGAAAGAACCAGGCAACACCAGUGGCAGUGUUGCCCGAUAGUAGUUUCUUGACCAUAAAGGCUCAAUGUGGGAAAAAAAUGAUAAAGUUCAAACUCCCAUUCUCGUCCAAGUUGGUGCAAAUGGAAUCGGAAGUAGCAUCGAGGCUCAAAUUAGCAGUAGGAAGUUUUAAUAUGUGCUAUAUGGAUGAAGAUGAUGAGUUUAUUUUAUUAACCUGCGAUUCAGACAUGCAGACUAUGGAAUCAAUGGGAAAGCUCAUAGUCAGGUUGUGCGUCACCCCUGGAGAUACAGCUCCUGAGUAGUGUAACUUACAAAACAUAGGUCCUUCGACAGUCAAGACCUCCCUCCCCAUUUUUGCACUGUUAUUUUAGCUUCCGUUACGAUUUUAUCAAACCGUAAGGGCUUCUUAUUUUGGGAUAGAAGGCGUAUUUUUAGCUUUACAUUGCGCUUUUCUUGUCAUGUAUGGACAGUUUUGAUUAGUCUUAAUGUUGGGUUAUGUUGGAGAGCAAGUAUUUUCUGAAUUCUCUAUGUUCAACAUAUAAACUAUGCUUUCUGCAUGACAUUGUGUUAUUCUUGCACAUCGAAUGCUAGCCAGAGAAAUGAGGGAUCUCAUGU